UCUAGAGAAGAAUUAAAGGUGUAAAAGAUUCAAAAGAGAUGUGGUAUGAUUAGAAACUAGACCACGUGUGUAGUGUCCAGUUGUAAUCAUGCUAAUGCUGGCUGCACCCUAUCUUUUUUCCUCUCCUAAUCUAGCUUUCCUCUCUGCAAAUUUUUGGGGUUUGCAGUUAUGCCAGUUUUAAUGGAUUUCAUUGGGUCCUUCUCCUUCUUCUCCUUCUUCUUGUUCUUGUUCUUCUACUACUACUUUUACUUCUUCCUCUUCUCUCUCAUAUUUUUUCUUCAGUACUGUGUGGGGUUUGAAUAAUUUUGUAGCUUUAGAUUUGAAGAUUUUAAAGGGAGUAGUGCAAAUUAACAAAGCUUAGAAAGAAAAAGAUAGAAAAUUUUAAGGAAGAGAGAAAAGUGAUCGAUGCUAAAGAAGGGAGUCACAAAAUGUUGAUAACUACCAAAGUACAAAACCCAUUUGUCUUAGAGCGAUGGUUAUAGAGGUGAUGAUCGUUGUUUAGAUGCACAUAUUGAUACCCUUUUGCCUAAAUUAGCAAUCUUAGUUAGAUUAGACUGCUUUGAAUGCCCAUAUCAAAUCAAGUCUCCUAAAAGAGAGCAAAAGUGUACAGAUAAAAGACCCCAUUGGACCCAUUUUCUUUGGUUUUUUCCUCUCUUCUUCUUCUUGAUCCUUCCUGUAAAACCCUUGUUCUCUCUCUGUUUAGUAGUUAGUAAGUGCCUGUAUUCAUCUUGUAAAUGGCAGAUCAAGGUGGGAAUAUUUUGAUAAGAGACUACAGGAAAGGAAAUUGGACAGUGAGUGAAACUAUGGUGUUGAUUGAAGCAAAGAGAAUGGAUGACGAGAGAAGAAUGAAGAGAAGUAGUGAUAGUGAAGGAAGAAGCAAACCAGCUGAGCUUAGAUGGAAAUGGGUUGAAGAUUAUUGCUGGAGAAAAGGAUGUUUAAGGAGCCAAAACCAGUGCAAUGACAAGUGGGAUAAUCUCAUGAGAGAUUACAAGAAAGUGAGAGAUUAUGAAAAGAGAAUAGCUGAAGGACGAGAUGGAAAUGAAGCAUUAUCCUAUUGGAAGCUUGAAAAAAAUGAGAGAAAAGAGAAAAACGUGCCUAGUAAUAUGUUGCUUCAAGUGUAUGAGGCUCUGGUGGAGGCAGUGGAGAGGAGAGGAACUCAAAAAAUGGUCACUACUGCUGCAGGUGGGUCAGGUUCUAAUCCAAACAUAAGCUGCGUGGUUGAAAGACCUACUGUUCAUCCUCAUCCAUUGCCUCCUCUUCUGCAACAUCAAGUUUCAGUUUCAAUUCCAGUAUUGCCACCGCCACCACCAGCAGCACCACAAGCACAACCACCACUUUCUCUCCCAUACUCUCAGCCUUCAUUGCCCGCAGUAGAGAUGUAUGAUGGCUCAGAUUCUGAUACAAGUGAGCAUUCAGGCUUACCAGCAAAGAGGAGGAGGAGAAGAGGUGGCAGUGGCGGAGGAGGAGGAGAAAGCAGUGGUGGCGGUGCCAGUGGAAGCACACCACAUGAAGUAGGCACUGCAAUCUCCAGAAGUGCUUCCAUUAUUGCAGAAGCUAUUCAGGCCUGUGAGGAGAGAAAAGAGAGAAGGCACAGGGAUCUCUUGAGUUUGCAUGAGAGAAGACUCAAGAUUGAGCAAUCUAUGACUGAACUCAACAGGCAAGGCAUUAAUGGUUUGGUUGAUGCCAUUAACAAUCUAGCUAAUUCAAUCCUAGCUUUGGCUUCCCAUAAGAACCAAUCAACUCCAAAAUGAUCAUGUUAUUAUUAAUCAAUUAAUUAAUUAUCUUAAUUAGCCACUAUUUAAAACAUUAUUUAUGUCUCUCUAUUCAUAACCAAGAUAAAUCUUUAAUUAUUUAUUAAUCGCAUUUUGGUAGUACGGAAUUGAUCAUUUUUUAAUGUGUUCUAAUCUGCCAUUUUAAUCAACUCAC